GAUUUUCAAUAAUCUAAAUUAAAAAAGAAACGUCAAAAAAUCAAUUCUUCUUCUUCUUCUCAACUAAAAUUUUAGAUCAAGUAGUUUUAAAACUAAAAUAUAAUAACGUGGCGCCAUCUAUCGUAAGAAUCUUAAACUAAACACCAUAGAAAAAGCUGGCAACGUUGUCAAUAGCCUAGUGACGUAAUUAGGAGACUUUUUUUUGUAAAUAUCUCGAAAACGGUAAACUUAAUUAAAAUUCCGAUUUCACAAAGAUGUUUAAAAUUACAAAACGCCUUGAAUAAAACCAUAAAAAGUAUAGGUCAGAAAAAAUUUAACUACCCCAUUUGGCAAUAAAUCGCCCAACCUGGCAACAGUGCUUGUCAACAUAACCAAUAAAAUCUUAAUCUAAAACUCCCUUUUAUCCUUUUUCUAUGUUUUCUAUGUUCAGCAGAGACCUUGUCUCUGAUGUUCAGUGUUUUCUUUUAUAAUCUAUGGUUUUCUAUGCUAGGGCCUAUAGGCCUCUAGAUCAGUGUAUCAAAAUUGUUUUGAAUUCUUUUUUUUCCUAUGCUCUAGGCAAAACUUUGUCUCUGGUCUUAGGCUAUGGUCUCAGACUGAGUUCCUUAUUUUUCGUCAAGCUUGCCAAACUAUUUUAGAGUUAGGUAGGUAUAUGACUAUUCUGUGAUCAUUAAAUAUAAUUAGUAAAUAUAAAAUGGAGCAAAUAGUCGUUAAAAAAGAACCUAAAGAAGUUGUCGACAAUUUCAAAGGUGAUAUUUUGAUUAAUUAUGAUGAACGAAGUACCUCUGCUGAUCAAGAAAUGCCUUCAACCUCGUGGAUAGCAAUAAAACAAGAAUUUAAAGAAGAAUUGUCUGCUAAUGACAACAUGGACUACAAUGAUUUUGAAGGUGAUAUUUUGAUGAAACCAAGUACCUCUGCUGACCCAGAAAUGCCUUCAUUCUCUUGGAUAGCAAUAAAACAAGAAAUUAAAGAAGAAUUGUGGCUGAAAGAAGAAACGUUCACAGAGAAAGAAGCAUUGCUCAACAAAGGAUCUAAAAUCAACGAAAGUGAUCAUUCUGAUAAUAAAGAUGAAAUUAAACAUUUCUCUUGCAAUAUUAAGGAAGAAGGAAGGGACAGUGACUUUCCUGAAAACGAUUACACAAAAUCCUCACACAAUGAAGAAAAAGAGGAGGAUGAAGCCAUGUUUGAGACGAAACUGGAGGUGAAAUAUCAUGGGGUUGAAUUUUUAGAUAAAUCAGGGACCGGCAGUAAAGUAAAUAAGGAAAUUAUGGCAAAAAUGGUCCUCCCAAAAGCCGGAAAAGAAAUUGAAACAGAUCCAGAAUCCAGAAGUGCUAUUGUUGAAGAUGUUUUUUAUUGUGUCUACAAGUGCAAACACUGCUCAGUUAAAUUUUUAAAGAAAGAAUUAUUAGAAAGUCAUGGUGAACAGUGUUUAAGACCUAGAGUGAAUGUUGGUAAAGAAAAGCCAUUUAAAUGUGACCUCUGCCCUAAGAAGUAUGAGACAAAGAGGAGUUUACUUCAUCAUAAAAAGUAUUUUCAUAGAAAAGAUGAGCUUGAAAAAUUUAAAUGCGACCAAUGUGAUUAUGAAACUGUAACCAAAAGUAGUUUUAAAUCUCAUUUAAAAGUUCACGACAAUAAAAUAAAUAUAUCAGGUAAGACCCAUCAGUGCACUAAAUGUACAUAUUCAACUGCUUUUAAAAUAAAUUAUGAUGAUCACCUAAAAUUAUGUUUAAAAUUAAAGAAUGUAAAGUGGUACGAUUGUCAAAUUUGUCACUAUAGAACUAUUAAAAAAAGUAGUUUAAAUGUUCAUAAGAAAAUUCAUAGUAAAAUAAAGGAAUUGAAAUGUUUGUUUUGCCAGUAUAAAUGUAAUCAAAAACAACAUUUAGACAACCAUAUUUUAACCCAUCACUCGGACUUGUUAAACGAAUCCAACAGAAAUAUCAUAACAUCUAAAAUACACCAAUGCAAACAUUGUAAUUUUGGAACUACAAUAUCAAGUCACCUAAAACGCCAUUUAAAAAAUCAUCAUUAAAUAUAAGGAGCUUCAACUCCGAAUGAGAAAGGAUAGAAAACGUGUCGCGUCGUGUACAAUGCGCACAAAUAAUUAUUAAUCAACCGCGCAUAGACCGUCAACUCACGUGACAGACUGCACGUGCACGCAUUGGUUGGAAGAUUUCCAACAGAAAUAAAGAAGGUUGGACAAGCUUUAUUUUAAUUUUAAAAGUAUUUGAGAAAAACACUACAUAUGAAAUGUUUGUGCUGUGUUUGAAAUUCCAUAAGUAAGUUUAUAACAAAACAUUACAGUGUAAUAAUUACACCAAAGAACUUGAAUUUGUCUGAUUUUACAUUGCAAAAUUCAGUCAUUUUAUACGUGAAAAUACAUUACUGAUGACCAAAUUAACAUUAUUACAUGCAUGUUUACAUGUAAACUGCAGUUUACGUUUUCUGCUACGACUGAUUAAUUCAUAAAUUUACUCACUGUU